CACGCCAAGCAGAGAGCCAGGACUCUUCUAUUGCUCCCCGACCAUGAAGCUUUUUCGCUCCAUCAUCGGCCACCAAAGAUCACUGGGCCGGGUCGUCGGACGCCGAUACUUUGCUGCUUCCACCGAAGAAUACUCUAAAAGAAAUUAUGCGAAUAAUGUUUCCGAGUAUAAUACUGUGGUGGGCUCUAUUACAGCUCAAAGAAGGCAUUUCUUGUUGAGGGAUGUGUAUGAUGAUAUGAUGCUUGAUGGAGUGCAGCCUUCUCGGGACACUUUCCAUUCGUUCAUUGUUGGAACCAUGAAAGGCUCUCGUUUGCAAGACGCUUUCUUCUUCAGGGAUCAAAUGAAAGUCAUGGGUUUGACCCCUGAUGUUACUUUAUACAACUUUCUCAUUUCAACUUGUGGGAAAUGCAAGAACUCUGAUAAGGCUAUACAGAUUUUGGAGGAGAUGAAGCACAUGGAAGUAAAACCCAAUGUGCAAACCUACAUCUGCUUGCUACAUGCUUGUGCAGCUGAUGGCCGAUUAGAUCGAGUGUAUGCAAUUGUCCGUGAUAUGACUGCAGCGGGUCUUGGAUUAAACAAAUUUUGCUAUGCUGGGCUUAUAGCUGCACACAAGAACAAGACACCUGUGACAGAUGAUUUUGCCACAAAAGUGGUUGAGUUUGUGGAGCGAUCAAAGAUGUGGUCUUCAGUUGAAAGUGACAGCGCCAGUGCUGAGAAUGUUAUGAUGGGUGUUUCAGAUGAGGAGUUGUACAACUUGCCAACAGCAGAAUAUGUUCAUAGACGUGCUGGAUUUUUGGCUAGACAAUUAACUGCAUAUCAUACUGCGUUUCAUGCUUCUGCUGAUCUAAAAAAUGUUGAGCUGACAGAUACUCUUUUAGAGAUGCUAAAAAAGGAAGGAAAAAUUCCUGAUACCUAUAUUGUCAUGCAAGUAAUUAGGUGCUAUUUACAUGCAGGAGACCUUGAUCGUGGUCUUCAAACAUUCGAAGACUACAUGAAAUCAGGAAAGCCUCCUGCUGCAGAGCUGUAUGUGACACUUGCAGAGGGUGCGAUGGUUGGACACACUCCAAAGGGAAUGCAAAUUGCUCAAGACACGCUGGUAAAUAUGGUUUCAAGGAACUUUUUCUUGAGUCCCAAGAUGGGAAGUGAUCUCCUGCUUUUAGCUGCUGGUGAAAAGACUGGGGGAUAUACCACUGCUAACUACAUAUGGGACCUGAUGCAUGCUCGUAAAAUGGUCCCUUCAUUCCCUGCCGUGGAAGCCUAUUACCAGGGGUUAAAAGAACGUGAGAUUCCUGAAGACGACCCCAGACUUCUAUUGGUGUCUAGAACUUGUGACAACCUUCGCGCAAGAUUUGGUCCGAGAACAUAAGUUGGAUAGAUUUCAACACCUCCUUGGUUGUAAUGAGUUCUGCUAGAUGUUUCUGGACAUGGUAUUUGACGAGAGAAUCCAGAAAUGGAAAAAUGAUUAAUCAAAUUGAUGCUUGAGUUAGUGUGGGGCUUGGAUCGGUUUGCGCCAGGUUGGGACGCUAACUUUUAAAUGAAUGUAGGCGCUGUUUUCGGUGUUCAUUUCCUCCUAAUAUUAUUCGGAGACUCUUUCUUAACAUGUAGUAACUGUUUCAUCGUUUGAUGGUGGAGAUUAGGUAGCGUGAGUUUUGUAUAUUACAUUUUCAAUUUGAAUCUAAAUUUUUGCAGGCGAUAUGUAUCCGAUAACGUAAUAUUAGAACUCGGCGAAACAGGGGAAUAUUAGAGGC